CUUCCUACAUCAGUUACCGCAAUGCAAACACUGUGCAGCCGGCGGCCGCUGCCCUCCACUCGAUUUGCCAAGUUUUGGGAUUAAUAAAGAAAACAAACGUCAUUUUUUAUUUAUUUUCUGUGUUAUUUUACUGACGGGUUCUUCUGUCAGAGCCGCCGCUCUUCAGAAUGUCUGGGAUGACGGCAAGCACACCAAAUUAUCUGUGGUCUUUACAAGAUGUCCUCGGUCAAGGAGCGACGGCCAGCGUGUACAAGGCUCGCAAUAAGAGGACAGGUGAGCUGGUGGCUGUGAAGGUGUUCAACGCGGUCAGCUACAACCGGCCCCAGGACGUCCAGAUGAGAGAGUUCGAGAUGCUGAGGAAGCUCAGCCACAGCAACAUCGUCCGCCUGUUCACUGUGGAAGAGCUGCCCUCGAAGCAGAAGGUGCUCGUGAUGGAGUACUGUUCAGGAGGAAGUCUGCUCAACCUGCUCGAAGAGCCUGAAAACGCCUUCGGGCUGUCAGAAACAGAGUUCCUCACCGUGUUGCAGUGCAUCGUGCAGGGCAUGAACCACCUGCGGGAGAACGGAGUGGUGCACCGGGACAUUAAGCCAGGCAACAUCAUGCGUCAGGUUGGAGACGACGGCAAGUCUGUGUACAAGCUGACGGACUUUGGCGCCGCAAGAGAGCUGGAGGAUGACGAGAAGUUUAUGUCCAUUUAUGGGACUGAAGAGUAUUUGCACCCCGACAUGUAUGAGCGCGCCGUGCUGCGUAAGCACCACCAGAAGUCGUAUGGAGUCAGCGUUGACCUGUGGAGCAUCGGCGUGACCUUAUAUCACACGGCCACCGGGAAUCUUCCCUUCGCACCGUACGAAGGACCUCGUAGGAACAAACCCACCAUGUACAAAAUAACUGCAGAGAAGCCGAUGGGGGCCAUAGCCGGAAUCCAGCGAGCUGAGGGCGGACCGAUAGAGUGGAGCUACCACCUCCCUCAUAACUGCCAGCUAUCACAGGGUCUGAGGGUGCAGCUGGUUCCAGUGCUGGCAGGCAUACUGGAGGCGGACCAGGAAAGGUGUUGGGGUUUCGACCAGUUCUUCACAGCCACAACUGACGUACUGCAGCGGCAGCCGGUUCACCUCUUCUCUCUGCAGCAGGCUGCAGCGCAUUGUGUCUACAUACAUCACUACAACACAGUAUCGAUGUUCUUCGAAGAGGUGGCAUCACAGACGGGUACAGACGGACAGCAGCAGCGCCUCCUGUACCUGGGACAUGACCUCCCCCUGGAGGGCAGCAUGAAAGUGGUCAACCUUCCUCACACCUCGCCUUCCCGACCCCUCAUUCUCCUCAGCGGCUCAUCUCAGCCCAACAGCAGCUUGCCCUUCAGGGAACCAGAGACUCCCAUCAUUCCGUCACGGUUUGACGUCCUGGCAGACUACAGCUUCUCCAAGGUAAUCGUGGGAGUGGUCCACCAGUAUCUGAGGACGGUGCGGCUGCUGCACUCACACCGCGAGCUGCUGCUGCAGGGAUACUACAGCUACAUGAUGAAGUUGCGCAGUGAGUGUGGAGAGGCCCUGCACAGUAUCGCGCUGAUCACCAUCAGACUGCAGUCCUGCCUCAGUGUGGAGCACAGGAUUCAUACUCUAGGGCCUCACACUUCACAAAACCAUAGCCCAGCUGAUAACAGCCAAAAACUCAAACUGGUCCAUGAGAACUUGCCCAUCUACACCGCUGGGAUCCAUCAGUUUCAGAACCGCCUGGAUCAGCUUCAGAUCGAACAGGCCAAGCUGGCGGAAACUCUGAGCAACGACAAGAGCUGCCAGAAGAUGGAGAUGCUGCUGCAGAAGAUCCUGACGAUCCACCAGCAUUAUCGUAAAGACAGGAUGACCGGCAAGCUGGCAUAUAAUGACGAGCAAAUUCACAAGUUUGAGAAAAUCCACCUGUCAUCCCACAUUAAGCGAGUGAAAUCUCUCUUCAGAGAGGACUGCGUGCAGAGAUACAAAGAGCUUUUGGCCUCGGCAAGGACGUGGAGCAGUGUUCUGCAGGAGAUGCAGACCAGACUGGUGGACUUCAGUUCUUUCUCCACAGGCUUACUGGCAGACCUGGAGAUGAGCGAGCAGUGCCAGAAUAAGGCUAUCGACAGAAUCCUUUUCAGUCUUCAGUCGGAGAGACCAGGGCAGCAGCCUGGAGUCACACCCAGGGACAAAGACCAGAUGGUCUCCAGGAUGCACCAUUUAAGAGAUGAAAUGGAAAUGUUGGUUCGGGAGCUACAGUACAACAACAACAUCAUUGAGAGGCUGGGAGCUGUCAACUCCGCAGGCGCUCUGGAUCCCAGCCUCACCAGACCCUCCACUCUGUGAAAGACGCGCAGCAUCGUCGGAUCUUCAGAUGUAAAUUCAUGUGCACGCUGACGGUCUGCUCAUUUUAUCUGCCACUAAUGCAGAGGAGUGAAUCCAGGAGCAGCAGCAGGCAGAGGAAGCCGUUCAAGACAAUCAAUAGGAUGUGAAAGUCAAUUUAGAGAUAAGAUGCAGAGACAGAAGAGGAGAGGUCCAACUGGAUUUGUCGUCAGUGUGUGUGUGUGUGUGUGUGUGUGUGUGUGUGUGUGUGUGUGUGUGUGUGUGUGUGUUCUCGUAUUUCUAUCCUUGUUGGGGC